AUGUCACUCCAAACACCCCUCUGCAAGCUCCUUAAAAUCGAACACCCAGUCCUUUUAGCAGGGAUGGCGCGGGCUUCAGGCGCCCCCUUAGCUGCAGCAGUAUCCAACGCCGGUGGUCUGGGAACAGUAGGUGGACUAGGCUACACGCCCGAGCAGCUCAGUGAGAUGCUUACAGAGCUGAAAUCUCUAUUGCGCGAUCCAUCUCUACCCUUCGGUGUAGAUCUCGCUCUACCACAAGUUGGGGGAUCUGCGCGUGCUACAAAUCACGACUACACCCACGGUCAGCUGGAUGAGUUGGUCGAGGUUGCCAUUCGGCACGGCGCAAAACUCUUCGUUUCGGCUGUUGGUGUGCCACCUGAAAAGACUAUCAAGCGGCUACAUGAGGCCGGUAUCUUGAUCAUGAAUAUGGUUGGCGCACCGAAACAUGCCGAGAAGGCGCUCAAGCUUGGCGUUGAUAUUGUUUGUGCACAGGGUGGAGAAGGUGGCGGGCAUACUGGUGAUGUGCCAUUCUCUGUUCUUGUGCCUGCUGUUGUUGAUGUUGCCAAGCGGUAUAAGAGUCCGUUGACCGGCCAGCCGGCGUUGGUUGUUGCAGCCGGUGGCGUGAACGAUGGACGCAGUUUGGCGGCGUCGUUGAUGUUGGGUGCUGCUGGUGUUUGGGUAGGCACGCGCUUCGUUGCUUCGGAGGAGAGUGGUGCUAGUCGGUUGCAUAAGGAGGCUGUUGUUGGGGCUAGGUAUGGUGAGACCAAAAGGACUUUGGUUGUUAGUGGUCGACCGUUGCGCAUGUUGCCUAAUGAUUAUGUGAAGGAGUGGGAGGCCAGGCCUGGCGAUAUUGCUAAGUUAACCGCCAAGGGUGUUGUGCCUAUGAUGGAUGAUUUGGAAAAUGAGAAGGAUAUUGAUAUGCCUUUCCUGAUGGGUGAUGUGUCUGCCAGUGUUACGGCUAUCAAGCCGGCUGGGGUUAUUGUCAAGGAAAUGGUGGAGCAGGCGGUUGAUAUGCUGAAGAUUGGUGGCUCAUUCAUUACCACGGGGGCUGUUAGCAAGUUAUAA